AUGGAAUCUUUGGCAGCUAAUAUAACUGCAUCAUGCCCGUUAUCGUUUGGUGGCACGGCUGGAGAACUUUUUUUGAAAGCAGUUACAACGGUAAUUACAGCACAUUGUGCAAUCAUGGAUGACUAUAAAUGGCCCCCAGACGAUGCUCAUAACGUCAUCACUAAAGGUUCUGGAAUAUCUUUUGACUUCAUAGUCGUUGGCGCAGGAACUGCUGGAUCUUUAAUUGCCAGCCGACUUUCAAAGCAAUAUCCGUCUUGGAAUAUACUUUUGAUUGAGGCUGGUGAAGAUCCCGGAAUCGAUAGUGAGAUCCCUGCAUUUUUAUUUUUAAAUCAAAACUCAAGCAAUGACUGGUCAUAUACAAUAGAGGGAUAUGGGGAGAGUUGUCUGGGUUUCAAUAAUGAAAGAUGCAUUUGGAGUAAAGGAAAAGGACUCGGCGGAUCAAGUUCUAUUAAUGCGAUGAUUUAUUUAAGAGGGCACCCUAAAGACUAUAAUACAUGGGAAAAGCUAGGCAACUCUGGAUGGGGAUAUAAGGAAAUGUCUAAAUAUUUCGAUAAAAUAGAAAAUAUUUUUAAUAUAACUGAUCCUCACUUCAGCGGAUACGAAAACCAAUGGUAUAGUAUUUUAGAUAAUGCAUGGAAAGAACUAUCUUUUGCAACUUAUAAUUACGACAACCAUGAAGCCUUAAUUGGGACCAAGAAAACAAGACUGCUAACUAGAAAUGGGAAACGAAUGAACACAGCUAAAGCAUUUUUUAAUCAGGCAGGAAAAAUGACUAUUAUGAAAAAUACCCAGGUAGAGAAGGUUAUAAUUGACCCAAAAACUAAACGAGCCACUGGUGUAAAAAUACACCAUAACUACGGAACCAUUAUGGACAUAGAUGUUAACAAAGAGAUAUUAUUGGCAGCUGGUUCGAUUGCAACUCCACAAAUUCUUAUGUUAUCAGGAAUCGGACCUAAGGAUCACCUAAAAGUUAUGGGAAUCGAUUCCAUCAUAAAUUUACCCGUAGGAAAAAAUUUACAAGAUCAUAUCAUUCUUCCAUUAUUUCUUAAAACCAAUAUAAAAAUGGAACUGCCUUCUUUUGUUAUUCAUAUGUUUUUAUUGCAGUAUAUGUUAACGAAAACAGGACCAAUAUCAAACAUCGGUCUAACGGAUUACAUGGGUUUUAUAGAUACAAAAAACGUAUCAGAUUAUCCAGAUAUACAAUUUCACUACACAUAUUUCACUAAGAACGAUAAUUUUGUUUUAAGGCCAUACCUAGAAGGUCUCGGUUAUAAAAAUAAAAUCAUUGAAGCCAUAGAGGCUUUGAACUACGAAAACGAUAUGCUAGGCAUUUAUCCCACAUUGUUACACCCUAAGGCUAGAGGUGAGAUUUUUCUUUCAGACCGUAAUUUAGCAAAACCCAUUAUAAAUGCCAAUUAUUUUCAACAUCCAGACGACAUCCUAACAAUGAUAAAGGCUAUUAAUUUUGUUCAUACACUCGAAAAAACCUCGACGUUCGAGAAAUACAAUAUAAAAUUACUACACAUCAAUAUUUCUGAAUGCGAUAUAUAUCUAUUUGACACUGAAAAAUACUGGGAAUGUUACAUAAGAUAUAUGGCGACGACUAUUUAUCAUCCCGUCGGUACUACCAAGAUGGGACCACCAGAAGAUGCGUCUGCUGUUGUAAAUUCUGAAUUGAUAGUUUAUGGUACACAAAACAUCAGAGUUGUUGACGCUAGUAUCAUGCCUAAUAUACCGGGAGGUAAUACUAUGGCAGCUACUUUAGCGAUCGCUGAAAAAGCAUUCGAUAUUGUCAAAAAGAAAUAUGUCGUCAAAAAUGAAUUAUAA